GGUAUGUUACAAGAAAUGAUAGUUGAACGGCUGAACGUGGGGCACUGUAUGCAGGAAAGGGAGGAGAAAGAUGCGGAGCGGGCUCAAGCAUCACUGAACGGCAUUAUCACCCUAAAUGUACUUCUCAACAGAAGUCAAGUAUUAGAGUUUAACUACAAGAUGGCGACCGGGGUCGUUCUCUGCUGGCUCGGGUGCAUGGUCUUGACGGUUUUUGCUGUACAUCCGGACGACAUCGCAUAUGUCCAGACGAAGGUGUCUCCCUCUGGUCUCGAGAUCCAGGCGACAGAUGGCACUGUGUACAUUGAAGCAGUUGGCAGUCGGAGUCGUGGUGUCCUGAAAUGUUCUGUGUCACGUGACAAAGACGCCGUAGCAAAGCUGUUGGGCAACAAAAAUGUCGUCACAAAAACAAUUGGACAGGCGAAAGUUAAAGAUGUGGUGAGUCUCUGUGAACAGCGUCACCAGUUCUCAUACCGAGUUGUCGCCCCUGCCGCUCUGCCGCCUCAGCCAUUCGCCCCCGAGAAGACCGCUCAGCCCGCGGGGUCAGGCAGCAGCCUCCUCAUCGUCCCCGGGACCAAGUGGUGUGGGGAGGGGAACGUCGCCAACAGCUACGAUGACUUGGGGACCUCGAGACAGACUGACGCUUGUUGCCGGACACAUGACCACUGUCCAUACUUCAUCGACGCCUUCGAUUCCAAAUACCAUUACCAGAACCUGUAUCCAUGGACGCUGAGCCUCUGUGACUGUGACAAGGCGCUAUACCAGUGCCUCAAGAGUGUCAACAACUCCGCUUCAAACGAGGUGGGCACCGGUUUCUUCGGCGUCCUGGACGUGGAGUGUUUUACGUUUACCAGGGGCGAGUACUGUGCCGAGUACCACUGGUCUCAUCUAUGGUGUGAACAGAAGACUACUGGUCCAAAGGCAGUUGUGAAGAAACUAGGAUUACACUGGUAGAUGCUGGAGGUGGUAAUAAAUGUAAUAUGGGUACUG